CUGAGAUCUGAGCGAUCCAGAAGCGCAGCGCUCUGCACUCGCUCUCUCGCAUCUCAUCUGAUGCUCGGAUUCUGUGAUUGGACAUCCUGAGAAGGAUGACUGGGAAAACUCAAACCAGCAAUAUAACAAACAAGACAGAUCCUCGCUCGCUGAAUUCCAGAGUGUUCAUUGGUAACCUCAACACUGCUGUGGUCAAGAAAACUGACAUUGAGCUCAUUUUUGCCAAGUAUGGCAAGAUUACGGGCUGCUCUGUGCACAAGGGCUUUGCUUUCGUCCAGUAUGCCUGCGAGAGGAACGCUCGAUCGGCUGUGGCUGGUGAGAACAGCAGGGUGCUGGCCGGACAGACCUUAGACAUUAACAUGGCUGGAGAACCACGUCCUUACAGGCCAAAAGUGGGAUCCAAGCGACCUUUCUCCUUAUACAGUGGCUAUGAAUAUCAUUAUGAUUUCUACAGGGAUGAUUUCUAUACCAGGAUUUUUGACAUUCAUGGGAGAUUAGCACCGUCCCCUCGGGCUGUGAUACCUAUCAAGCAUUCCCGUUUGGUUGCGCUCUCAACACGCAGGACAAAAAACUCUUUCCAGCCAAAGAUUUCCACCUGCUCUUCUUAUCUAAAAACGAUGUCGUCAGGUUCCUUAUGCUCUAUGGUGAAAUCCGAUCAGCUCCUGACAAUCAAGCAAGAACUGUCCCAGAUAAAGAUUAAGAUCGACUCCUUGCUGGGAAGGCUAGAGAAGAUUGAACAGAAGCAGUUAGCAGAAGCAGAAGCCAACAGGAAGCACGAGAAGGCCUAUCAAUCUCUCUAUAGAGAGACAGAAGAGGAUGUGGAUCAGGAACAUCUGGAUGCGGGGUCUUGGGAAGUGACUGAUGAUGGUGAUGAUGGAAAUGACAGGGCUAAUGGUGAACUGAUAGAAAACCACAUAUCUGAUGUAGACAACUGAGCAAGGACUGGGACCAGCACUCCUAUCAAGUUUACUGUUUUUGGAAGAUAUCCAGUCAGAAUUCCCUUUCAUGUCGAUUUAUUUAUUUGUUUGUAUGUAUUUUUUUUUUUAUUCAUUCAACUGGUCAUACUUUUACAUACAUAUGUAUAGUCAGACAAAACAAAAAGAUGAAACUAUAACUUAAUAUGUAAAAUAAUUAAUGUAUAUUAUUUAGAAAAUGUGAUAAACGCUGUGUCAUGGUCAUAAAGGUUUACAAAUAAUUGGAGAAUUUGAAUUUUUGGACAUUAUAAUUAUCUACAUAUUUAAAUAAACUGUAUUAAAUGCACAUUUAUGUAUAAGUAAACUAUCAUAAAAUUAUCUGUCUCACCCAUUAUUAGGAUUAUAAGCUACUUUUACAUCUCUAUCUCUUUUAAACUUUUAUUGUAGUUUAUAACUCAUCUAAAAAAUGUGGUAAAAUAAUUUGUAUGUGUUUAAUAUUGUGUGGUGCAUUUGUGAAAUAAAAUCUGGCAGACAUCAAUUGUUAGCAGGGUUUAGAUUUUUGGGUAUUUAACGCUGACUUUAUUUGUGCAUUCAUGUAAGCCAGUUGAAAACACAAAACACUCACUAGGCAGCUCACCUAGUUUCUGUUGGUUAAUGUCCCAGUUCAGUUCAGCUGAGCUCAUGAAGCUGAAACAAAAGCUCUAAAGUUACUAAGGACCCUGCCGGAAGUAGGAAUCAUUUAGCGGGACUUUUAAUUUGAAUUUCAGCAGCGGUAAAAAUGUAACGGAAAUCUUUUUAAUCCUUCACAAGCAGUUAAAGUUUAGCACACAUUAUUUUAUAUAUAUGAUUUUUAGCUAAUGGACGAUGAAGUUAUCGUUAAAACUGGCUUGUUUUUAACACAUUUUGGGAUUCAAGUUGCUAAAUGUUACGUGAUAAGACUGGGCUAAGUUUACAUCACUUGUUUUGUUGUCAAGUGCUGAAACUUGUCUAAAACGUUGCCUUAAUUCCCAUCAUCUGACUUUAAAUACCCGAUUUAACAGUUAUUUCUAUGAAGCAUAAUAGUAGCAGCAGUGUAAAUAAACGUCAAGGUGUGUGAGAAUGUAACAGGUUAUGUUGUGGCUAAUGUAACGUUAUCCAAUCAUCGACUGUUGUUGGGACCCAUUCGGUCAUGUAACGUUAAAGAUAUUUCAAGUCUACUAGAGGUCCCACUGAAUCCCAGUAUUUCAUCCCUGAAUCUUCACUUUAACCGUCUCACUAAGUUUGAGGUGUUGACGACAGCAUGGCACAUAAAACAGCUGGACAUGUCAUCACAUCUGUCAAAUAGAGGGACUUGCUUCCCUGUCCUCACCUGUAACUUAAUCACCAAAGUAUAAGACAGAAGCAGAGGUCCACAAAGCUGGUUGUUGGCCCCUGUAGGACAUCAGUCCAGAGCUCUGGGUCUGUUGAAACUUUAGAGUCAGUAAAAAAGGACCCUAAAAUCCCCCCCAAAAAGUCCAGCUCAAUCUAAAAAGGAAACCUACAGGGCAAUUGUAGAAGAACGAGACCAGGACCAGGCGCUGGAAGACAGAAGGCUGCAAAGAGACUUUUUUUAACAGAUCAAGAACCUGCAGACCUGAGCCAUAGAGGAAAAGAACUUGCAAAGUUUGGCCUUACACACCACAGACAGGUAAAGGAGGGAUUCGAUCAGGUAUCUGCUGAACUAGAAGUCUCAGCCAGUCUCAGCAGAAGGAGAAGCAGUCAGCCUCACCAGUGCAAGAGCUCACAGCUAUGGUGAAAGAACAGAAAACAUGCAUUUCUAAGCUCCUCAUAUCCAAACUACAGUGGAAGCCAUUGCUGAGUUUAAGGUGCUCCUGGUGGAAGAGGAAGUGUGCCAGCUGCUUGAGGAAACUGAGAGUAAUAAAAGGGUAAUGGAGGAGAAAAUGAGAUGCCUCACACAAGUGCU